GGGCAGUUGGCAGGACAGUUGGUUAGAGAGAAGGGAAAACAGCAGGAUGAUUUGGGAACCAAAUGCUGAUCUGGAUCACUCCCAUUUAACUUCUGAGCACUCUCUGCAUCUGAUUCUGGUGGUGAAAUAUGCCAAUGACUGCUUUUACUGAAGGAGAGGAGCAGGCUGGCAGUUUGAAGAAUUGAGGCUCAAGUGCAGCUUCGCUCUUCCUCAAAAGAAGCCCGCUGGUUUCGGUCUGGCCCGCGGAUGACGCUGCCUGUCUGCACCGACGGAGGGGUUAAAUCUACAUUUGUUCUGGGAAGCCAUCAGUCUUGCCACUUUGUUUGGUGUCAUGGUUGCUUGCACAUAUUUAGAUAGUAUCUGUCAGAAUACCUACUGAAUAUGGCCCUGAUGGAGACCAGUGCCACCUGAGAGGCACUUUCUUCUCAACCAGAAUCUCACUAAUAACAGAAGACUGAGAGUGGUAUAUCAGUCACUAUGUACAUUGGUUUUGCACUCUGAAGUAAACAUGAUGAAAACAGAGUCUUCAGGAGAAAGGUCAACCCUCCGAAGUGCCUCUCCUCACAGGAAUGCUUACAGAACUGAGUUCCAGGCACUAAAAAGCACCUUUGACAAACCUAAAUCAGAUGGAGACCAAAAAACAAAAGAUGAAGGCGAGGCCUCUCAGCAGAGCAGGGGGAGGAAAUAUGGCUCAAACGUCAACAGGAUUAAAAACUUAUUUAUGCAGAUGGGCAUGGAGCCCAGUGAGAGCACUGGAGUUACCCCUAAAACCAGAGGGAAAAGUGGUCCCCUGUCUCCUCAAAGAAGAAUUAGGCCCAAAGAAUUUGUGGAGAAGGCAGAUGGCUCAGUUGUAAAACUAGAGUCUUCAGUUUCAGAAAGGAUUAGUAGAUUUGAUACUGUGCACGAUGGUCCUUCCUAUUCCAAGUUUACUGAAACUCGAAAGAUGUUUGAGCGAAAUGUUCAUGAAAUGGGACAUUCCAAUCGCUAUUCCCCAAAGAAAGAGCGAGUAGUUUCCAAUGAACUCCAAGAUGAGUGGUGUAGCUCUAAGUCUAAUAGAGGCAGUACUGAUUCAUUGGACAGUCUUAGCUCAAGGACAGAGACCGUCUCUCCAACAGUGAGUCAGCUCAGUGCAGUGUUUGAAAACACUGAUUCACAUACUGUAAUCGUUUUAGAAAAGUCAGAAAACAAUGAAGAAUACUCUGUAACUGGUCACUACCCACUAAACCUGUCGUCUACUGUUGCAAAUCUGUCCUCCACUGUUGCCAACCUUGAUGGAUUCAGUCCCUUAAAAGAUGCUAAUGCCUGGUCUUCACCAGCCAAACAAACUACAAGUUCAGUAUCUGCUGAGAUCAUUCAGCAAAACAGUACGUCUUCAACAAUAAGAGAAGAAGCUUCUAAUAGCACUUUGCCAGCAUCAAAAGCAAAUGAAGAAAUAAGGAAGAAUAAGGAAGCAAGUUAUGAUCCUGUUGAUGUUUGUGCAGCAACUAAACAAGAAUUGGCCAGCAUUAACAGCGAAAAGCGUGAAGAAUCCUGUACCAGGACUAAGGAAAAAAUAGAUACAGAAGUUUCUUUACAACAAAAAGAACAUUCACAAAAUGCAGAGAGCGCCUGUGUUGGCACUGGAGCUGCAGAGAUACCAAGAAACUUGGUAGCAGGUGGUGAUUUUGCAGCAGAUGUAGCUUCAGAUGCUACUGAAUCCCACUAUGAUGAUGCCAGUGGAAAGGAAGUCCAGGAAGACUUGAAUAACUUUCAGAGUUCACAUGUAUAUAUGCACUCUGACUAUAAUGUCUACAGGGUGCGAUCAAGGUAUAAUUCUGACUGGGGAGAGACAGGAACAGAACAGGAUGAUCAAGACGACAGUGAUGAAAACAACUAUUAUGAACCUGAUAUGGAAUAUGCUGAAGUUAUUGGAUUGCCAGCUGAAGAUGAAAUCCCAGCAAACAGAAAAAUUAAGUUUAGCAGUGCUCCAAUUAAGGUUUUCAACACAUACUCCAAUGAAGACUAUGACCGGAGAAAUGAUGAAGUUGACCCAGUGGCUGCAUCAGCUGAAUAUGAACUUGAAAAGCGCGUGGAAAAACUGGAGCUUUUUCCAGUGGAACUAGAAAAAGAUGAAGAUGGACUUGGCAUCAGUAUUAUUGGAAUGGGAGUUGGAGCAGAUGCAGGCCUUGAAAAACUGGGAAUAUUUGUGAAAACAGUAACAGAAGGUGGGGCAGCCGAAAGAGAUGGCAGGAUCCAAGUAAAUGACCAAAUUGUAGAAGUGGAUGGAAUCAGUCUGGUUGGCGUUACACAAAAUUUUGCUGCAACAGUUCUCAGAAACACCAAAGGAAAUGUCAGGUUUGUAAUUGGACGAGAAAAGCCAGGACAAGUGAGUGAGGUUGCUCAGUUGAUUAGCCAGACCCUAGAACAAGAGCGUCGCCAGAGAGAGCUCCUGGAACAGCAUUAUGCACAGUAUGAUGCAGAUGAUGAUGAGACAGGAGAAUAUGCUACGGAUGAAGAAGACGAUGACAUGGGACCUAUCGUUCCAGGAGCUGACAUGGCCAUUGAAGUGUUUGAUCUUCCUGAGAAUGACGACAUGUUUUCCCCAACCGAGCUGGACACCACUAAGCUUGCUCACAAAUUCAAAGAGGGUGAAGAUGGAAGGGGUGAGAGCAGCCGGAGCCUCAUGGGGGAGUUGCAAAUCAAACAUGCAGUUACAGAGGCUGAGAUUCAAAAGCUGAAGACAAAGCUACAGGCUGCAGAGAAUGAGAAAGUGAGGUGGGAACGGGAGAAGACCCAGCUCCAACAGAACAUUGAGGAGAAUAAGGAAAGGAUGAUGAAACUAGAGAGCUACUGGAUUGAGGCCCAAACCCUGUGUCACACUGUGAAUGAACACCUCAAAGAGACUCAAAGCCAGUAUCAGGCUUUGGAGAAGAAAUAUAACAAAGCAAAGAAAUUGAUCAAGGACUUUCAGCAAAAAGAACUUGACUUCAUCAAACGCCAGGAAGCUGAGCGAAAAAAAAUAGAAGAACUGGAGAAAGCGCACCUUGCAGAGGUUCAAGGCUUACAAGCUCGCAUUAGAGACUUGGAAGCUGAAGUUUUCAGGCUGUUGAAGCAAAAUGGGAGCCAGGUUAACAAUAACAACAACAUUUUUGAAAGGCAAACGUCUUUUGGAGAAGUUUCCAGAGGAGAUCCAGUGGAGAGCCUAGACGUAGAGCAAGUGUCUUGCCUGGAUGGCUUAAGUCAAGAAGGAGCUGUUAAGGGUGGAGAUCCCGAUGAUGUCUUUGAUUUCAAUGAAGCAGUCCCAGAAACAGAGAGGCUGGACUCCAAAGCACUGAAAACUCGAGCCCAGCUUUCAGUAAGGAACAAACGGCAGAGACCUACUAGAACAAGGCUCUAUGACAGUAUCAGUUCAACUGAUGGAGAGGACAGCCUUGAACGAAAGCCUUCAGACAGUUACAGUAGUCUCAUGCACAUUUCAAAAUCACCUCUGCCCAUAUGUGUGAGAGCAUCCUCACCAGCAUCAGAUUCUGGUGCUUCCUCCCUCUCCCCAGUGGCUAGCAGUGCAGCCUUCUCAUUUGACAACGUAGCUGAAAACCAAGAAGGAGGACAGCAGCACAAAGGAGGUGUGCUUUCCCAUUAUGUUCGGGGAGACACUCCACUUUCCUCUCCUUCAAAAUCCAGUCACAGUUCUGAAACAUCUCCUUUGCAUCACCCAACCAACAGGAAUGUUUUACAAGACGAAGAUAUCCUAGGUGGUCACACAGGUCCCCAAUCAUCAAGAGCAACCAGCCCUACUAUGGGGCAGGCAGAAAAAAUAAAGCGAAAGCUUGUGGAUCUUGGGGCUCCCUUGAGAAGGAGUUCCCACAAGGGCAAGAAAUGGAAAGAGAGAGAAGUCAUUAGGGUGGCCUGUGGCACCAGGACCACUAGAGAGAUGCUGGAGAGCUCAGCAAGCAAUGCAUCUAUGUCAGAGCGAUCCUCCUCUCUCCCCUAUAGCAUACCAUUCACAUGGUAUGGAGAGAGUGGCAGGGGAUCCAAUUCUUCCAGCAACCUGCCUUCAUCUAGCAGCUCAACUGAACCAUCCUCUGAAAAUCUAAGUCCAGCUAAAAAAGAGUCCAAGAAUUUCACAUUCACUGAUGACUUCAGUCCCAGCAGCACAAGCUCAGCUGAUCUGAGUGGUUUAGGAGCAGAACCGAAAACCCCUGGUUUCUCUCAUUCCUUAGCAUUAUCAUCAGAUGAGAUCCUUGAUGAUGGACAGUCUCCUAAACACAGUCAGUGUCAGAAUCGUGCUGUCCAGGAAUGGAGCAUACAGCAAGUUUCCCACUGGUUAAUGAGCCUCAACUUUGAACAGUAUGUUUCUGAAUUCACCGCCCAAAACAUUAAUGGAGAGCAUCUCCUUCAGCUGGAUGGGAGUAAGCUUAAGGCCCUUGGUAUGACAUCUUCCCAGGACAGAGCAAUCAUUAAAAAAAAGCUAAAGGAAAUGAAAGUGUCCAUCGAGAGAGCUCGAAAAGCUCAAGAAAAAAUGGAAAAGCAAAGGGAAAAGCUUAGGAAGAAAGAACAAGAGCAGCUUCAAAGGAAGUCAAAGAAACUAGACAAGUCUUCAUCAGAUGCAACAGAGGGCGCUAAUGAGCAAUGAUGAGCCAGAACUACUACUAUGUUAGUUAAUGUGGAGAUGCUUCAGGCAAAGAAACUCAAGUUGUCUACAGUACCCCUCCCAUUUUCUUGUGGUCAUUACACAGGAAUAUGUACACAAAUAUGAUGCUAUAAAUCGAAUGAAUAGGGAAGUUUAUAUUGUUUGGCUACAUUUUCCUGCAGUUACAAUACACACUCUUAUUUUUGAUCUGCUGAACAAUCCAAAACCAUUAUUUUAUUUUAUUUGUUAUUGUUGUUAUUUGCAGGCCAAGUAUCCUAUUUUGGAGAAACAUUGAGGGGUUUUCCUUUCAAACUGCUAUUUUGUAUUGGGCUGCUUGUGUUUGGUCACAUUGGUAACCAGUGUGACAAAGAGGGAUGUGGUCCAUUGCAUCACAACCACAUUUUGAACAGGAUCCCUGUGGUAGAUUGCAAUGAUCAGUGGAGAUUUUUGAUUUUGGGUAACUGGAGUUGUUCCCACAUCUGUUACCAUUGACUCAUCUUUCUAACUGGAAUCUCAACUCUUUCACUGACUCUGAUAUUUAGUUCUGUCUGCUGGAACAGGCUACAGCUCGCAUCAGUACCUUGAAAUGCCACUGUUUUGCAAACUCGGUUGUUCAGUGAUUUGUAAUUAUAUGCUGGAGUUAAGGACAGGAGAGUCAUUAUCUUUUCUGGGCAACAGAGGGGAGGUUGACACGCUUGUGAACUGUACAGUAAUUUAAUACGAGAAGGAGGUAAAGCUGCUUUACAAGGGGUUCUGAGGGUAACAUUUACCCUCCCAAUAUCUGAGCAAGGCUGACUUUCUAACCUUGGCACAACAGCUAGAUCUGUAGAGAACACUGGUCAUUGUGCUCAUGGGGUAUACAGAUAAACUUUCCUGUAACACGCUAUAAGCUUCCUUUUUAAACAGAUUCUGGAAAAAAAAUGGGUGUUUGGAGGGGGUUGUAUUUUUAAGGAAAAUACCACAGCUUCAGGUUCCGUCUCCACUGAGCGCUGGGGGCAGCGAGCUUUGUGCUCUGACCUGCAGGGCUGUGAUCUAAUCACAACUGCUGUCUGCUGAAAUGAUCUCCAAAUCGGAGCCUGCUAAAGGCUUUCAGUUUUCAAUGAAGUGCACUUUAAAAAAAAAAAAAAAAAGAAAAGAAAAUGCUGUUCAAAUCAAAACAAGAUUUCCUAAUAUUAAGGCCAACUAAUAUAGGCUACAAUACGGAAGAAGGCUACUAAAUGCAAAGCUGUCAUGCACUACCUGUUUUAAAUAGAGUGUCCAGAGGACACCCCCCACUAAAAAUUCAGCCUUGAGGCUUACUUUGCAGAAUGUUUGGAAUGCUUAAAUUGGCUGUUGCGCUACAUACUUCAGAGAUUUCUCAUAUAGAGAUAUGUCUAUUAAUGAAGCAAACAGUAUAGUCUGGCACUGUGUGGUAUUACAGUCUCUCAGCAGCCUCUAUUUAAAUUUUCAUUAUUUCUCCAAAUGAAUAGGACGACAAUGAACAAGCUUACAUAAUGGGAAGACGAAGAUAUUACAUUAUUGCUUUAUAGUCAAUGCUUACUGUAUAGUAGCAUUCAUAGGUUAUAGCAACAUCCGUUCCCUUCAAUGCAUUCCAUAGGUAUUGACAUAAGUACUAAUCUCUGUGUAGUCCGUCAUGCCAGGAGUUAACUCUUGUUUUGUUAGUUAUUAAUGCAAAAUUAAAAACUUGGAGUUUCAGCAGACUGAAAGUUAACUGCACAUGCUGAAUGAUUUUUAAAGGGAUUUUUUCCCCAUCGUAUAUUUUGACAUUUACCUUUUUUUUUUUUAGCUCUUCUGAAGCUCAGAGUUCUGGAAUGUCUUUACUGGGAUGCUAUGCUCAUGUUAUCUAACAUUUGUCAAAUUUUCAUUUGAAUGAUAAUAGUAUUUUUACCUGUAGAAAGCUCUGUAAAUAGAUGUAACUUAGUUCAUUCCGUGCGAAUAAUCUGACAAAUCUACUUAGUAAUGGCUUCCUUUUUGUUUCCAAAUCUACUUUCUACAUGUUUCUAGUAUAUAUUUCAUUGAUCUAUAGACAUAAAGUAAUGAAACUGCUGUGAAGAACACUCUAUUAAAACAGCGUUGAUAUU